AUGGAGGGUGCGUGUGUGGAUGUGCGGAUAUUCUCGUCGAAGGAGUUGUCACCGGAGACAGCCGGAAUAACUCCGGUCAUCGGAGUUGCAGGGGAGAAGGGGCAGAGGUUAGGGAGGGAAGAAACGAUAACGGAGUGGAACGAUUGUAACGAUCAAGAAAAGGCAAAAGCCGAUGUCUUCCUCCAUAAACGCAUUGAUGAGAUGUUACAAUUUGAAUAUUCAAAUUUUGAGGAUCCAUACGUUUUGUGGGAAGAUUUAAAAAGCAGAUUUAAUAAUUUAAGGGAAGUUUUACUUCCCACUGCUAGAGAUGAAUGGAACAAUCUCAGGUUCCAAGAUUUUAAAAAGGUGAAUGAAUACACCGCUGCUUUGUUCAGGAUAUGCUCAACGCUCCGAUUUUGUGGGCAAACUGUUAUGGAGGAAGAUAUGUUGGAGAAAACUUUCUCCACAUUUCAUGCAUCAAAUAUAAACUUGCAACAACAAUAUCGGUUGCAAAAGUUUCAAAGAUAUUCUGAUCUAAAUUCAUUUCUCCUCGUAGCAGAGAAAACAAUGAGCUACUAA